UUAAACCAUACAUAUAUCAACAACAAUAGAUUAGAGGAUGCUGAAAAAUCCAUACAAACUAUACACAAAAUUCCAAAUAACUCGUUACAAAAAUUACAAAAUCUGCAACCACCAGUAGGCAUUGAGAGUUUGUCGCCACGGUUAUACUCACCAAGGUCACCAAGGUCACCAAUAACAAACGGACCAAUGAUAUCUCCUCACAUACCCAGGGACCCACAACAUAGUGAUAUAAAAAAUAUUGUUGGUAGUAUACAUUCAGGGACUGGAAGAACCUACUUAGCAGAAAAUAAAAAUAAUUUAAUAAAGUGUGAGGGAGGUAUUACAGUGAAUACGGCAUCAGAUGCCAGCUCUCAUGAUCUCUACUCUCCCCAUUCUCAUAUAAAACGGGAGAAUACAAACAGCAAUAGCAGUAACCAUAGCAACAAUACAACAAAACAUAAUCAUAUAAAAACUGGGGUGGCUAUUCCACCAAGUGUACAGUCCCCCUCUGAACCUCCUCCAACGCGGGAACCUCCAAAGCCACCAUUACUUCCUGCGCAUAGGCCACCAGAUAAAGGCCCAGAACGAGAAAAAGAAAAAGUUUACUCAAAUGGACCCCCAUGGUCCCAUGCAAGUUCUACAGCAUUAUCAACUGGAGUGGCUCCAUCUUUAACGACCACUAUCAGCUCCACAUAUUGUGCCAACAAUGCACUAAGCAGUAGUUACAGCAGGACACAUCCUGUGUCACACCCUUCGUCACACCCAUCGUCACACCAGCCGUCACAUCAGACGUCACAUUACACACAACACCACGCUGUUCAGCGACACAGAUCUCCAGGCCCAAGUCAUCCUCUAUUACCACCAAGUAGUCGGAGCAUUACCCCUCUCCACAACAGUUCAAGUGGUCUCCCAGGCCAGUACCCUCAUACUCCUAGCCAUACCCCUGGGCAUACUCCCAGCCACACUCCGGGGCACAGUGCAACCAAUCACUAUACCCCUUCUCAUACCCCAGGGCAUCAUACCCCUGGACAUAUCACCCCAGGGCAUACCCCAGGUCGUCUUACCCCGGGGCAUCACACCCCGGGGCACCAUACCCCUGGGCAUUUAACCCCAGGCCACUUGCCACAUCAUCCUGGUGUAUUAGCUCCUCCCCAUUCUACAGUUACACCCCUUCCAUCAAUCAGCCAUCACCUGCCACACCCAGCUCACACAUCUGCGCCUAAUAUGUUUGCCCCGCCCCUACCACCCCCACCCCCUCUUACCUCCACUGCCCUACCCCCACCCUCAGGUCUACCAGGACCUUAUGGGGCAGGUGCCGCCGACCAAGCACUUCAUGCAAUUUGGGCACAACAGCAACAGUUAUAUGGAGCCUACGCCAAUGCAGGUCUCCCUUUGCCUGCUCACUCCAGUCUAUCACUGUUUGAUAAGAUGCCAAAAAUGGAGUCUCCAUUCUACAGACCAGGGUUGCAGUUUGGGAGUUACCCCCCAGGUCUGUCAAUGCUUCCCCCACCAGGCUCCACCCCUACCCCCCUAGGCUCAGGUAUACACGGCGCUUUCACACCUAAGAAUGCUCCAGGCAACCUCCAACACUCCCAGUUGUUAGCCUCAAUACAUGAGAGAGAGAAGGCAGCGGCCCUGGCGGCCAACCCCUCAUUGCCACCCCCUCCUAAGAAAGGCAAAUGGUGCGCUGUCCAUGUACGGAUAGCAUGGGAGAUCUACAACCAUCAACAGAAGCAAGGUGAUGGACCUACUAAAGGGGAUGGGAAACCAGCCCCAGAUCUGCUACGUCCCGCUAGUCAACUUCUCCCUGGGACCAGCAUACCAGUACCUAAACCCCCUGAAAUAUCGGCAUCACUGCUGCCACCUGGGCCCCACAGUCGCAGUCCACUAGAUAUAGGUGGCACUCCUGGAAGUCUGUUUGCCCAAGCCCCUCUUGGGUUGCAUCCACCAUUUCCCCGCCCCUCCCCUUAUGGGGGGCUCGGGGCACCUGGUCUGGGAAACUUUGGGGGACUAGGAAAUGGCAGCCUAUUUGGAGCAAGAGACAUGACCAACGCACCUGGGUUAAGUUCUCCGCAUGAAUGGAACCGCCUACAUAGGACCCCUCCCUCCUUCCCAACACCUCCAGCUUGGCCAAAGUCAGAAGCAGAAAAGGAUCGGGAAAAUGCUGACAAGGAAAGGCGUAGUGCAGAUAGGGAGAGGGAGAGAGAAAACAGAUCAUCACAUAGGAGUUCUCCAAGUUCACACAGUCAUCGCAGUAGCACAGACACUGAUAGACCAGACCUACGUCAUAAUACAGAACUACGCUCUAGGUCUCGGUCUCCUAUAGUGCGCAAUGGACCAAUGGAACGCAGGGAAUCAAACAGUCGUAGUAACAGUGCAUUUGAUGGCGAAUCACGGUUGAAGGAGGACCGUAAAGAUGUACUUAUUAUUGGUGAUAAUGAUUCUAGUAAAAGACAAGAUUUAUUAUUGGCAGCUGAACGAGAGCAAAAGCGCGCUGAGAUGCUGCACUCACAUUCCAAUCUAGCCCCUACUGCCCUUUCAUACCUACAAGACAGACAUAGACUGUUAGGCUCCUAUGGGGCACCCUCUCUGGAGAGAUUUCCCCACCCUAAUUUAUGGAAUCCGUUUGACCCACGUGCUUCUGAAUUGACACGGGCAAGUCUUGAUCCACGUAUAUUUGACAUGUCUCGUCACCAAAUGGAGGUUCAAAAAGAGAUGGAGCGUGAAAGGGAGAGGUUAUUACAUAGAUUUCCAAACCCACCACAUCCGUCUCACUCAAUAACAUCAAUGCUUGAUGAACAGAGAAUGAGAGAGCAGGAUAUAGUGUUACGACAACGAAUGUACGAACACCAGAGACGCGAUACUGAGCGUGCCGCAUCCUACCUUCAAGACACUCACCCAGAGUAUGACAGAUCAAAAAUCCCUCCAUUACGCCCCGCUGAGCCCAGCUUUUUGCACCCUCAUGCAGGGAGCAUACAGUAUCAACGUUCCACUAGUCCUGUAUUAAAUCAUAAUGGAAACAGUAAAACUAAUUCUCCCUCAAGUGCAGCGGGAGCACCUCCUCCUCUCAUUCCAAGUGCAUCAACCAAUCACAAUCCUCAUCACAAAACUGACUCGCCAUUGACAAAGUCAAAAUCGUCAAGUCCCAAUGGUUUGGUUAUCCCAAGGGAUAAAGAUAGACGUGAGCUGAAAGAAAAUGGUCUGGAUGUUCAACCUCGAUGAAGCAAAGGAGCCAUAGGAAUCCCAAGAUGCCCUGAGAUCACAUGACAUAUCACCUCGAAGGUUAAUCCUAGACAUUUAAAACAUUUGAAUAAUUUGGGGAUAAAAUUUGGUGUUAAUGUACAUGAUAAUUUGAAAUCACAUGGUGCCCUAGGUUACGAUAGACACUGGUAUGAUAGAAGUCCUCUUAUUCGUUACACCAUGGAGUCUUAAGAUAUAUCAUGUAAUUGUAAUGCAUAAUACUGUGAUUUCUAUAGCAAUCAAACAAACCAACAUGAUGUUGCCAUGACAAUAUAAAACAAUGUUUUCAGUUAUUUAUAAAUGCAUAUCAUGGAUCUCUAAAAGUCAGUAGUUUUUAUAUAUGGUUUAAAAGCUUUCCUUUGUGUUUUAUGGUAAUUACAAAUUAUGAAAAAAUGAGACUCAUCCUCAAUUUGAUUGGUUUGAUUUUCAUAUUGUUUAUGACACAACUUUUAGCAUAUUUAUGCACAAUAAAUUUCUUGAUUUAUUUAGAGAAAUUGUCCCCAAGUUGAUUCAGUGUAUUGAAACAAGUGUUUCUCGUAAUAGUGGCACAUAUUGUUUCCAAAAGAGGGCACUAUAGAUUAUAUUUAGUAAUUUUGAAAUCUUGAAAACUAAACUGGAAUUGCUGUUAUUUGUUUUUAUUUGUGUGU